AUGACUUUGGAACGUCCGAUUCUCUCGGCCCCUUCAGAAGAUAGCAGCAACAAUGGGCAUAUCUCUAAGAAGCGGAAAAAGAAUGGUGAAAGAGUCAGAGUCACAAGGGCGUGUGAUGGCUGCAAGAAGCGUAAGAUCAAGUGCAAUGGCAUGCAACCUUGCAAAUUCUGUAUUCGAACAAGGGCUUCUUGUACUUUUAACUCAGCCUAUGCAAGAGGCCGCCUCCCGGUGAUUCCAUCUGCAGAUGAGGUCGCAGCUGAGACGAUAGCUGUCGCGGCACAGGAUACAAUGGCUGGUAGCGAGCAUAGCAGUCCUGCAGACUUGAGUCAGCAGUACAUGGCCGGCCCGUCUUGCGAGACAACGCACCAAGCUGUGGAGCUACAGGACUAUGGAAUGCCAUCUAACGCUUUGGCACAGGACAAUACUGCUUCACUGGCUGUAGCAUCCGUGCAGCAAUCCCCUGAACCAUCCCAAGAGGAUCUUCAAGGACAUUAUAUCGGACCAGCCUCAGGCGUGUCUUUCCUACUUAGGGUGCAGAAGAGGUUACACCAAGCUAUUUCCUUCUCCGGACCAGGAAGUAUCUUUACCUUUGGCGAUGCACCCCUUCGUAACCCUGACUAUGAUCCGAACUUUUGCAUGAUGCUUCCAAAAGAGGAUGCUCAGCGCUUGAUCGACAGGUACUUUGACUUUGCCAUGCCUACGUACCGGUUCCUGCAUCGACCCACCAUCCAGGAAUGGUUUACCGAAUUCUAUGAGACGCUUGGGACAAUGCGUGAUCCGAACAACUCUGCUGCUAAGGUCGCCCUGUUAUUCAUGAUUCUGGCCCAUGCGAGGGUGUAUAUGCCCGAGGGUGACAGGCCUGGGCCGUCGGAUCUAAGCGCUAGAUACUACCUGGCAGCUGAGCAUCAACUCUCCAAAGAGAGUGGCUCUAUACGGCUGACAAGCGUACAAGCACGCUUACUACAAUGCUACUAUCUGGGCACCCAGUCUCGAGUCAAUCACUGUUGGAGUCAAUUCGGUAUCGUCACCAACCUCGCCCUUGCUAUUGGUCUCAACCGAAACAAACGGCCCGGCAUUAUGAGUGGGCUGAAUCAUAUCGAAGUCGAAAGUCGCCGUCGAACCUUCUGGUGUGCUUAUACACUGGAUGCAUACCUCAGUGUGUCCCUUGGCAGACCACGAAACUUUCAUGAUGACGAUAUCGAUACCGAGCUUCCUGCUUGUGUGGACGAUAGUGAUAUUACAAAGGACCACAUAAAUCUUACUGGCUCUACCAAAGGCUACUCAGUUAUGCUUGCGCCUCUCGGACAUAUGAAACUCGCGCGCAUCAUUGGGCAUAUACUUCGAGCCCUUUACUCAGUCAAGCCUAUAUCCGUCAGUCGUCGGACAGAAGAAACGCAACGUAUUUCUCAAGAUUUGAGUGACUGGCGAGCCGAGUUCUCCCAGUUUCUCGAUGCGGAUUACUUUAGUACAACAUUUCUUGUACCCAUUGUACAGCGACAGCGUAACGUUCUUAACAUGACUUACUGGCACGCGAUCAUCCUGAUACACCGACAAGCAGUACUUAAUAACUUUGCAAAGAUCUCGCGGCAGAAUAGACGACAGAGUGUUAGUGACGCUUCGACGCAAGAGAGCGUUCAAAAGUGUCUACAAGCUGCUAUGAACACUGUCGGUCUUAUCGACGAGAUGACAGAACAUGGGCAAAUGUUCCGCGCAUUCUGGGUCACAGCAUACUUUGCAUUUACUGCAGCAAUGGUAAUGUAUAUAUACGUGAUCCAGAAAUGGGCAUCGCCACCUGAGACGUAUAUCGACUACUUCACAGCGGCCACACGAUGCCAAUCUCACAUGACAAUCAUGGUUGAGAAGGGAUCUUUAUCUGAGCGCUACUGCUUUCUGUUGGAGGAGCUACGCGUUGAAGCACUGCGUCAAAUGAACAGGAUGCACUCAUCAACAACUGCAUUUGGAACCAUAGAUGGUCAUUCGCAGGAAGGCGGCUUUCAGUCAAACCUUAUCACGAUGGAUACGCCUAGUGACAAGACAUCUUAUACUGAUUUAAUGGGGGAGAAUGGGGUGGACUAUAAUGGCAUGUCUGGUGUUGACUUUUCAGGAUGGGGUCAGUUUGCGUCCAUGAUCUCAUCAGGAUUGGGCAAUCUUGAUGCAUUCCUUGAUGAUGAGGUGUUUAGGAUAUGA